AUGGCAUCCAAAAGCAUCUCCGAAAAAUUCAGCCUGAAAGGCAAAUCCUACAUCGUUACCGGCGGCGCCAUGGGUAUUGGCUACCACAUCACCAAAGACAUUGCUGAAAUGGGUGGCAACGUUGCGGUACUGGAUCUACGGGACUCGCCACUGGAGGAUGUGUACGGCCUCGCGAAGAAGCACAAUGUGAAGGCAGAGUACUUCCAAGCAGACGUGAGCAGCGAGGCGAGCUUGAAGUCUGCUUUCGACAAAGCUGUACAGUCCUUAGGGAAGCUGGACGGGAUUGUGACGGCGGCUGGUAUUGCUAUCGACAAGCCAUUUGUAGAUCAGAAAUGGGACGAAGUGAACAAGGUGAUUCAAGUCAACGCAAUGGGCUCCUUCUUCGCCGCCCAACUAACCGCCCGCCAACUCCAACACCAAAAAACCCCCGGCAGCAUCGUCUUCAUCGCCUCCAUAACCGCGCACUGCAACCUCCCCGGCUACCGCAUGGCGGGCUACAACGUCUCGAAAGGCGGCGUCAAAAUGCUCUCCCAAGUCCUCUCCUCCGAACUCGCGCCUCAAGGUAUCCGCGUCAACUCCAUCUCGCCCGCCUUCAUCGACACGAACCAGACGCGGGGCGCCAAGGAGCAUACGACGCAGGCGGCUGGGGCGUUGAUGGAGAGUGCGCCGCCGAUGUUGAGGAUUGGACAGCCGGAUGAGGUUAGUCCUGCGGCGGUUUUCUUGUUGAGUGAGGCGAGUAGUUAUGUGACCGGCGCGGAUGUUUUGGUUAGUGGCGGGAUUCAUACGGGGAGGGGUGGGGAUUAUGACAUGGUGUAG